CAUUUUUACAAGAGGGAAGAGGCUUCAAAUCUCCAAAUUCAGUUCGUAAAUUCCUCGAUCUCGCCGGAAAACUCUUCUCUCCGGCGACGCCGAAUUCCGCACACAUCUCUUUGGCUUCUUCGAUUCUUCGUAGCAUCGGUGAAUUGAAUUCUGGAUCUGUUUCUGGAUGUAUGAUUCGGUAGUCUGAUCUAGGAGAGUUAUAGUAGUGAUUUGGGUGGUGAAAUGGCGGGGCAGAAUCAGGAUCAAUUCGAAGUCUACUUCAGGAGAGCAGAUUUAGAUGGAGAUGGAAGGAUUAGUGGCGCUGAGGCUGUCGCCUUCUUUCAAGGAUCCGGUUUGUCUAAACAAGUUCUUGCUCAGAUAUGGAUGUAUGCUGAUCAGAGUCAUAGUGGUUUCCUUGGUAGGCCAGAAUUUUAUAAUGCUCUCAGGCUCGUGACUGUCGCACAAAGCAAGCGGGAAUUAACACAGGACAUAGUCAAGGCAGCAUUAUAUGGUCCAGCUGCAGCUAAAAUCCCUGCACCACAGAUUAAUCUUCCAGCCACACCGGCUCCACAGAUGAGUGCUGUUGCACCAACAGCUUCUCAAAACACUGUGUUUAGAGGACCAGGACUUCCAAAUGCAAGUAUGAGCCAGCCUUAUUUUCCUUCUCAGCAAAGUCAGCCAAUUAGACAGUUGCAUCCCAUGCCUGCUCCUACUGGUCCCCGUCCACCUCAGGGAAUUGCAGCUCCAGAGUUCUCUAGGGGAGUUAGUAUGGUUGGUCAGACUCAAGCCAUGCCAACAGGGACAUCCCCACAUCCAACCCAGGCCUUACCUGGCACCACUGGUUCCGGUCUCCCUAGUCAAAACAUCUCUAGUGAUUGGCUUGGUGGAAAGACCAGUGGAGCUCUGACUGGUCCAAGAGGGAUUGCUCCAUCAACACAGUCAGCUGCAUUACAGCCACACUCUGGAUUUCCAAUGUCUUCCCAGCCAACGGCUAAUGAUUCUAAAGCAGUGGUUGUUUCUGGGAAUGGGUCUACCGAUCAGGCAUUUGGAGGUGAUGCUUUUUCAGCAAUCCCAAUCCCAUCUACCCAAAAACAAGAGUCUUCAAAACCAGCUUUUUCUCCUGGCAGUGCUUCUACCCCAUCAAGCUUUCUUCCACCUUCCAGUGGGCCUCAGCCUCUUGUGAAGAAAUCCAACUCACUUGAUUCAUUACAAAGUGCUUCUAUGCAAUCUACAGGGACUCAGAUUCAAAGGACACAUUCAGCCUUCAACCUGGGCCAACAGUUUUCAGCCCAGGGUUCCCCCCCUAUAACAACAUCCUCUGGGAUUUCUGUUGGAGUUGGAAAUUCCGCUUCUGAGAAUUCCCAGAUGCAGUGGCCAAAGAUGAAACCAUCUGAUGUUCAGAAAUAUACAAAAGUGUUCAUGGAAGUGGAUACUGACAGAGAUGGGAAAAUAACUGGCGAGGAGGCAAGAAAUCUAUUUUUGAGUUGGAGGCUACCUAGAGAGGUGUUGAAGCAGGUCUGGGACUUGUCUGAUCAGGAUAGUGAUAGCAUGCUUUCCUUGAGAGAAUUCUGCUUUGCUCUCUAUUUGAUGGAGCGGUUCAGGGAGGGCCGUCCUCUUCCAGCCAUGCUUCCAAGGAAUGUUAUGUUUGAUGAAACCCUGUUGUCCAUGACAGGGCAACCCAAUGUUCCUCAUGGAAAUGCAGCCUGGGGUCCCAAUCCUGGUUUUGGACACCAGCCGGGGAUGGGUGCCCAGCCAAUGACUACAACUCCUUUUAGACCACCAGCUCCUCCAACUGCCAUUCCUGCUGAUAAUAGUAUGAUGCCUCAGCAAAAGUCAAGAGCACCAGUUUUUAAUGAUUCCUUUGCAAACCAACUUGAUAAUGGUGACCAGAAUUUGGUAAACUCACAGGAUAAAGACGCAGCUGCUGAUGGAAAAAAGGAAAUCAGAACUGAAAAGGUGAUUUUAGAUUCUAAAGAAAAGAUUGAGUUCUACCGCACAAAAAUGCAGGAACUUGUCCUUUACAAAAGCAGGUGUGAUAAUAGACUAAAUGAAAUCACCGAGAGGGCAAUUGCAGAUAAGCGUGAGGCUGAAAUGUUGGCUAAGAAAUAUGAAGAGAAGUACAAGCAAGUUGCAGAAAUAGCAUCUAAAUUAACAAUAGAGGAGGCUAAAUUUCGUGAAAUUCAGGAGAGAAAGGCAGAGUUGCACCAGGCAAUUAUCAAUAUGGAACAAGGUGGCAGUGCAGAUGGGAUUCUUCAGGUCCGCUCUGACCGUAUACAAUCAGAUCUUGAGGAAUUAAUGAAGGCCCUGAGUCUGAGGUGCAAGAAACAUGGAUAUGAGCUUAAAUCAUGUGCAGUAAUUGAGCUUCCCAUUGGUUGGCAACCUGGCAUCCCUGAGGUAGCAGCUAUUUGGGAUGAAGAGUGGGAUAAGUUCGAAGAUGAAGGAUUUGGUAAUGAGCUCACUAUUGAUGUGAAAAACCCAAAAUCUCUUCAGAGGGGAAAGGCAUCCCCAGAUGGAAGUUUAACCCCUGAUUCCUCAUCAUAUGCUGAUGAUAAACAUGGAAAUAUUUUUACUUCUGAGUAUGCCAUUGAGAGUGAAUCAGCUUACACACACAGUGAAGAUGAAUCAACAAGAAGUCCUCAUGGCAGUUCAGCUGGGAGAACAACCCUGGAAAGUCCAUCUGACCAAUUUUCUGAUGGUCCUUUCAGGAAGGGUGCUGAGGCAGAUACAGAAACACAUAGAAGUUUUGAUGAAUCAGCUUGGGGUGCAUUUGAUAACGAUGAUACAGAUUCAAUAUGGGGGUUCAAUCCUGUCAAUACAAGGGACACUGAUAAGCACAGAGAUUUCUUUGGUUCAAGUGAUUUUGGUGUAAACGCAAUAAGAACAGACUCACCUGGUGCAGAAAGUGUUUUUGACAAAAAGAGUCCAUUUUUUGAAGAUUCUGUUCCUAGCACUCCACUUUCCAAGUUUGGAAACUCUCCACCGAGAUACAGCGAGGCGAGUGAUCAUUUUGACAGUUUCUCCAGGUUUGAUUCCUUCAACACAUAUGGCGGUGGAUUUUCACAACCAGAGCGGCUCACCAGGUUUGACUCCAUAAAUAGUAGCAAAGACUUCAGUCAUGGGUAUUCUUUUGAUGACAAUGAUCCAUUUGGCUCUUCUGGUCCAUUUAAAGUUUCAUCCGACAAUCAAAGCCCUAAGAAAGAUUCUAAUGCUUGGAGUGCUUUCUAGCUGGGAGUCUAGAGGAUUUGUUUUGACUUUUCAUAAAAGGAGACAAAAGAAGGAACAGGAGCUUUCCAUCCUCUUCAACCCUUCCACUCAUUUUCCUGGUUUUGUUUGGGUUUUGUUCACUGUGUCUCCUCAUCUGCGUGCUGUAUAUCUUGUUGGACUGUUGUAAAGUUGUGCUUAUACCUUUGAUGUUAUUAUUAUU